UAAAGCCCCAACCCUGAUUUCUUUCAUUUCGUCUCAAGCCGUCAGAACGAAACCCUACAAGCCCCAUCUUCUCCUCUUCUCUUAGCUCAAUUUAAGGUUGUGGUGAAAAUGGCGACCGUGCCAGGACAGUUGAUUUGGGAGAUUGUGAAGAAAAACAACUCCUUUUUGGUGAAGGAGUUUGGAAAUGGAACUGCCGGUGUCGUUUUCAGCAAGGAGCCAAACAAUCUUUACAACCUUCACUCGUAUAAGCACUCUGGGUUGGCAAACAAGAAGACUGUCACCAUUCAAGCAGGCAAAGAUCAGUCAGUGUUGCUUGCGACAACAAAGACCAAGAAACAGAACAAGCCUGCCAGUUUGUUAAACAAGUCCGUCAUGAAGAAAGAGUUUAGCCGUAUGGCCAAGGCUGUUUCAAACCAGGUGGCUGAUAACUAUUACAGGCCCGAUCUGAAGAAAGCAGCUCUUGCAAGGUUGAGUGCUGUGAACAGGAGCCUUAAGGUUGCCAAAUCUGGUCCUAAGAAGAAGAACAGGCAGGCUGUUAAGAUCCCUGGUAGAAAGUGAAGCCGCCAACGAAUUGCCUCGAACUGCUAUGCUUUUUUGCGUUCACACCGAGUUCCAGAAGUUUUAACUAUUUCCAAUUGUUUUUUGAACUAUCUUAUUAGUCUGAUUGAUAAUGCUAUCUAAAUUUUGGAUCAAAACCGACAUUAAUUUCCCGCAUGCUUGUUUUUCUUUUACGGAUUCAGCGAGUUACAGAUGGGUUUUUGUUUCUACACUGUUGAUAUUUGUGUCCGGCAUCUCUCUCAGUUGUGCAAAGAAAACCUGCAAAGAGCAAGAGGAAUCAGUUGGCAUGAAUUUGACCACCCAUUGAUUACGAGUCUUGAAUCCACCACUGGAUGAUGCAAUUUCCAACUACUACGAGUGUAAUCCCUUGGACAGAUUUCCAUUUUAAGAUGUAUCAAAUGUUUUCAAUUUUCUGAGCAAUCUUAAUUA